CAUUAAAAUAGAUCGCGCGGUUGCUGUCGACGCGGGAAUAAGGAGUAUUCCUAAAUCUGAGGAAGUCUAUCGUACGAUCGUUCGACUGUUACGAGAGGGAAAAGUGCCCCAUCACACUUUUCCUCUCCCUUCGUAACGGAACAUCCACGCGGUGGUUCGAGGAGUUCCCGUCAACUUUUCGGAUACUGAGAUUAAGGGAGAACUUGAGCAGAGGAAAUAUAUCCCUCUCCACAUCAUUCGAUUGAAGCGCAGCGGCGGCGCGCCCAUGCCUUUGGUGGUCGUGAUACUGUCCAAGACUGAAAAGUCUCAGCAAGUACUGGCCAUUCGAGUUGAGGUUCAGAAGAACUCCAGACUCAUUGGGCAGUGUCACCGCUGUCAAAAGUACGGGCAUGCGCAGUCAUAUUGCACUGCACCGCCCAAAUGCUUAAAAUGUGCAAAGAACCACAUGACGCAUUUGUGCCCUCAUCACAGAAGAGGAAGAGGGCAAGUGCGUAAACUGUGGAGAGGGACAUCCCGCAAAUAGCCGGACUUGCAAGUUCACUUCAAGGAGGAACUUGCAAGUUAUAGCGCAAAAGCGCAAUCUAUCAUACGCG